UACGUUUUCUGGCUAGGGCGUUCGUGACGCAAGAAAUUCGUGGCGAUGGCGCAGGCCAGCGCCGCCCCGGCGCUGGAGCUGGAUUUCGGCUCGGCGCUGCCGAAAUACGCAGGCAUUGAGGAGGCGGCAUCGAGCAGCGGCAGCUUUUGCGUGGAUUUGGAGCUGGAUCGGCAGCAGCAGCGCCAGUGCCGGAUCUGUCUCGAGUGUGGAGGGAGUGACUUGAUCGCGCCGUGUCAAUGCAAAGGGACGCAGAAGUUCGUGCACAGAUCGUGUCUGGACAAUUGGAGGGCGGUCAAGGUACUCUGCUGCGCAAGAAAGCGGCAUCUCUGUCUGAUUUGCUUUCUCGCAUUGUACCGAGUGCCGGAGUGUGUUCCAGAUGAGAGUCAACAGGCCGCCGGAUCGAUGGUGGCUCCGGCUCAAGUUCCAGCUGCUUGUCUGUCGAGACCACACUGUAAUUUUCGUGCUCGUCCAAGUGGUUGUGAUCUUGCUGGGCGCGCUUGUGUAUGCCAUCUACGGGGAGGAACUCAAAGAGAUGUUUGGCUACGACGAGCAGCACGCGUAUGGUUUCUACGCACUCGCUGUGCUGGUGCUCAUCUUGGUCGGGCUUCUCUACGGGUUCUUCAUAGCCAUCAUCUGUGGGCGGAAGAUCACCAACAGGCACUACCACGUCCUAGAAAAGCAAGACCUCACCAAGGAGUACAUUGUGGAAGGAUUAGACGACGAUGAAGAAGAAGAAGAACAAGAACAAGAACAAGAAACGUCACUAGCGCCAUCGCCAGUGGCCGAGUGACGGGACGAACUUAAAUUUGGGGGGCUGGCUGAAAGGUAAGAUUAAAAUAAGCCCGUCAACGUUUUUAGGGUU